AUGGCUCUUGUGAUACGAGUUAUAUCCAAGAUGGCAGACAGCGACGUUGAGAUGCAAGAAGCAGAUACCGGAGAGGCCGACGAGGACGUUUCGAUGCGCGAUGUGAUUGCUGUAGGAGCGCCGCAUAUCCAUGUGUUGAGAGCAGAAGAGACAACACCGACUACCAACAAUGACGGGCUUAACGUCUCUACAUCGGCUUCUUCAACCGCCAUCGUCUCGGAUGCGCCCGGGAGUGGGACGCAGAAUGAGACGGGAACUUCAAGGAGAACAAUCAAUGAAAAUCUUCUCUCUCCGACAACGCCUAUCAAGUUUACAUCCCCGUUUCUCGAUCCGCGGAACCAAGUAAAGCAAAGUCCGGAGGGCUCGGCGAAUAGUGAUCCACCACCGCUUGAAGUGGAUCCUGACAAUCAGCGGCCACGCUCUGUUUCGAUGAGUGAGAGAUUAAUAAGAGUCGCGGUACCAAACGCUAUCGCGAGGGAGACGUCGACGGCCAUGCCCCAGGUUCGGCAUCAAAGAAGCACGCUGGCAUUUUGGAUGUGGGGUGGUCUCGAGGGGAUCUGGUUGAGUAAGCCCGCGCGCCGAAGAGAGAGACAGGAAGCACAGGACGCCAUGACUUAA